GGAUGCUUAGAACAAAAUAAAGUUGCAAUUGUUCCUUUUUCUCAUCCCACCAAACAUCAAUGUCAGCAUCUGGUUCCUCACACUUGGCCUCUUGUGUAUAGAUAUUCAUUCUAACUUCUUCAUGAAUGGACACUUUUUAUGAUCUUCAUCAACAAGGCUGGUUGAAGAAUCUUGAUUGACCAAAGGGCAAUCAAUAUAGGUUUCUACCAAAGACUGACAGCUACUAAGCUGUUGCAAUGGAGGCUUGCCGGAGAUGCGAGAAGGAGCUGGUGGGCCCACACCAUGGCGGCGGAGGACCUUACUGCAGAAAAUGUCAGAGUUCCAUUUCGCUGCUGGGUGAUGCUCAAGGACAAGCGGGCAGUACCAGUUCUGGGAGACGAAAAUUCGGGAGUAUCCUGAGGAAGAAGAGUUCGUCGGCAGGAAGCCCCAGAGCUUUCUGGCCAAGCUUUAGGCCAGGCAUAUCGAUAAGCAUUGAAGAUGGAUCGCCGUCUGGGAAGAGAGCGCUUCUCUGUGGAGUGACUUACCAGAAGGAGAGAUUCAAGCUGAGAGGAACUCUGCAAGACGUGAAGAACAUGAGGGAUUUGCUCGUUGAACGCUUCGGAUUUCAGCCCCCUUCCAUUCUCAUUCUUGCAGAGGAAGAGCUCUACAGGGCUCCAACAAGGAAGAACAUACUAGAGGGGUUCAAGUGGCUGAUGAGGAACUUGAGGACAGGGGACUCGCUGGUGUUUUACUUCUCCGGACAUGGAUUGAGACAACCUGAACUUGAGGGAGAUGAGAUCGAUGGAUUCGACGAAACCAUCUGUCCUCUUGACUUCAAGAGCGAAGGCAUGAUCCCGGACAACGCCAUCAAUGAUAUCAUCGUUAAGCCACUGAGAGAAGGAACCAAACUCCACGCCAUUGUUGACGCGUGCCACAGUGGGACCAUUCUUGAUUUGCCGCGCAUUUACAACCGCAAAGAGAAGAGAUGGACUAAUAAUGAACCUCCAAGCCGCACUUACAAGGGUACAAAUGGUGGCAAGGCAAUAUGUUUUAGUGCUUGUGAGGAUCAUCAAUUGGCUGCAGAUACUUCUGCUUUUUCUGCAGGGAAAGAUAUGAAUGGGGCAAUGACAUAUACAUUCAUAAAAGCGAUAAAGGAAAAUCCAAACAUAACAUACAGUGGGUUGAUGAAUUACAUGCACCAGUCAAUCAAAUCUGCCAAUGUGGGAAUAGGAUGCUUGCCUUCCAUCAAUCCCUUCUACCGCAAGUUGGUACAGGAUCCUGUUUUAUCAACUUCCCGCGACUUCGACAUCAACCAGAAGUUGAAUCUGUAACUGUCGCAAGGCCAUCAAUGUGCACAAGAAAGAUGAGUUUGGACAAUACACAUUGCUUGAUCAAGUAAUAAAUUAUGAUUAUUCUCUAGGUGUAUACUCUUAAACUUCACAUGUGGUUAUGAUGAUUUUUGCUAGCUUAAAUAAAUACAACUAUAUAAGUUGUUGAAUACAUGAUUUUCCCAAAUAAAAAUGGCAUUUCAUAUUUAUCACUAUUGAAUAUCAAUGCCAU